AUGACGCUUCUGGCCAAGCGCAUUCCGGAUAAACUCUUCAUCGGUGUCCUCUCUCUGUGCCUGGUGGCCAUCGCAGCUGCCCAGUCGGCCGAUCCGGCGGCUUUGGAGCCCUCGGCAGAGUACCUGCCCCCUGUGGGCGACGCCGAGGCCGCUAAGCUCUCCGAGGAUGGCUACCGCUACAAGACCGUGCGCCGACUGAAGCUGCGCCACCGCCGUGAGGUCCCCAACCAGGAGUACCUGCCGCCAGUGGACAACGCACCCAGCCAGGAGUACCUGCCCCCAGUCGACGCUGCUGCCAUCGGCGACACCAAGGUGGCUGAUGAUGGCUACCGCUACAAGACCGUCCGCAAGCUCAAGUUCCGUGCCCGCCACCGCCGCGAUGUGUCCGAGAUCGCCGAGCCCAGCAACGAGUACCUGCCCCCCGUUGAGGUGUCGCUGGCUCCUGAGCUGAAGACCGUCCUGGGCGAUGAUGGCUACCGCUACAAGACCGUGCGCCGCCUCAAGCUCCGUCGCCACCGUCGUGAGGUCGCCGUCGCUGCCGAGGAGGCCUCCGCCGAGAGUGCCCCCAAUGGUGAGUACCUGCCCCCCGCCGAGGCUGCCGCACCGGUCGAGGCCGAGCCCAAGGCUGCCGCUGAGGAGGGAACCGAGCUGGCCAAGGACGGAUACCGCUACAAGACCGUGCGCCGCAUCCGGUACCGCCGCCACUAA